AUGUUAUCAUGCUCGUGCACGCUCGUCCUCGGUUUCCAAGCGCCGGCAAAGACGAUGACGUUCGACGCGCCGGCUCCCGCGCUAUUUGACCGUGCUCUCGUGCCUGGCGGCCAUCUCCUUGACAUGGACCUGCCGCUCGGGCCAGAGAUGCCGCCCGUGCCGCUGCUCAGGCGGAGGUGGCUCGAGUACGGCGACAAUCCGCUCGGCCGCAAGUACAUCGGCUACGUCUGCGACGUCGUCAAGCCCGCCAUCGACGCGAAAUUCCGCACCCUGCCGUCGCCGGAGCACACGUCGGCGAUGGGCAGCAGCAUGGGCGGCCUCUGCGCCUUUCUGAGCGCGUGGCGCCGGCCCGAUGUGUUCGCGCACGCAGCCUGCCUCUCGCCCGUCUUUCAGCUGCCGCUCAUCACCGAGGUGGCGCUGCGGAGGCGACUGCGGCCGGACGCGCGCCUGUACAUCGACAACGGCGGCGACACCGAUUCACGCAAGGUGCCGCUCAUCGAGCUGGCCGAUGGGUUCGACCCGGUCUGGCAGCUCGGAGCCUGGUACCUCGACACCAGCCUGCAGCCGGGCGUCGACGGGAUGUGCGCGGCUCUGCGCACGCAAGGCGUCCCGUUCAAGUACCAUCGCGAGGCAGGCGGACGGCACAAUGCCCGCGCGUGGGGCGGGCGCGUGGAGCGACCGCUGCGCACGCUGCUGCCGCCCGACUCGUAA